UUCGAGAUAACCCAACUCCUGAUAGCACACGGGCUAGAAGAUCUGAUCGACGGAUCACGAUUGAGAGGCGAGCGAACAGUGGACGCAGUAAAGACAUGGACAAAAGACAAUGCCAAGGCCAUGAGCUUGAUAUCGUCGUCCAUGGAACAGACACAACUACAAGGCUUGAUUACGUGUAGAUCGGCUUACGAGAUGUGGCAGAGUCUUGUAAGAACGUACGAGCAGAGAUCUGCUUCGAGCAAGUUGCUAUUAAUGCAGAGAUACCACGAGUACAGAAUGGGACUUAACGAUUCCGUCGUGGAGCAUGUGACGCACAUUAAAAACUUGGUGAGCCAGUUACGAGAUGUCGGACAGCAAAUAGAUGAAACCGACAUCAUGACCAAGAUACUAGGCUCUUUGCCCGCAAAGUAUAACACGCUUGUAACGGCCUGGGACAGUGUUCCUCUUUCAUAUCAAUUGGUCGGAAAUCUACUUGAAAGAUUAAUUAAAGAAGAAAGCAGAAUGGCCGGAGAAGACGAAAUAGCAGGAGCACUAGCAACCGUAAGUCUCAACAAGAAGAAAGGAAUGAAAAAUCCGAGAAAUCAAAAGAACAGAAAAUCUAGAAACGACGAGAAACGAUAA